AACUCAAUCGAUUGUGAUUAAUAACUUAGAAAUUUUCCUCUAAUUCGGAUUUUCAGUGAUGGUUGCAAGUAACUUAGAAAAAAGAAUGACCCGUGAUGAACUCUGAUUUUCGGCACUAUCGAUCCUUUUUCAUUUAGUUUCUUUUCUUUGGUUUUGAGCAUGUUAUUAACGUGGAUUUUUAUUAGCUGUGAUAUUUUUUUUAACUUUCAAGAGAGGAGAUUAGUUGCGAUAUUUAAUACACCUUUUUUCCUACCGAUAGUCAAAGAGAGAAGUUUUACCGCUUGAAGUACCAAUGGCUGCUAAAGAGUUGUUUGACAUCGAUAUGUGAAAAUAUGCAUUCACAAUUUUGCCCAACAAUACGUUGGCUAUACUUGUAUAGUUUUAUUCAAUAGAUGGAAUGAAAAAACUUCUCACAGGUAAUUUUUUUUUGCAUAAGUGGACGUAUUUUUUCUAUUGUCAUGAUAUUCAUGUGUAAUUUGGGAAUUAACUUUAAUGUUACCGAUGAUACUUUUGAAAUAGCAGGAACUAAUAGUGUGCUUGAUGACAGUAUAUAUAGUAAUAUGACUUUCGGAUUCAUUGAAAGUUGAGGACCUGUUUUGUGUUAGCAACGAUAAUAAACACGUGCUGAACAUUCAUUUUUUCGCUCGGAUAAGUUUGUGUUAGCUUUCUCAACGCUUCGUUUGUUUUUAUGUUGUACGAUGCAACAAAUUUUCCCACAUCUUCCACACUAACUAGUCGACAAUAAAUAUAAGCCUUUAACUUACUCACAACGCCCUCUAUUCAUUUAACUUUGUAUUCUUUCUUCAAGGCAUGCAAAAAGUUCUUCAGUAUUUUUACCACCUCUGAACUGAUUUUUAAUCGCAUUUAAACAAAACAACGCAUCUUCGUGAUCAGCCACGUUCUUUUGUAAUGAUAUGUUACUUCUAACCAUAAGGAUUCAUCCGAAAUAAUAUCGGAAUAUCAGAUUGACUUCCAAGUUACUUCUUAUAAUCGAUUGAGUUACUUCCAACCAUCACUGGUUACUUCCAACCAGCAAAGUCACUUCCAACCAUUUAAGGAAAAAAAUCGCUGAAGCGUGACUUAAUGUUUUGAUUUUGCAUCGAGAAUAAUGGAUAUGCACGCGCAUGUUUGCAGGCAUAAUAUAUAAACAACAUAUCAGGGCGAUCGAUAAUAUCAAGGAAAAAGAAAACACUGACACUAAGAUUGGUAAUGCCUGCUCUUAUGCAAAUUUCAAUACAUUGUUAAUCUUAUGUCCCUACAAAUAUACAAAUUAGCCUAAAAAAAUUAUAUUUUAUUUUUCACAAUUCUCCAUUUUUUAGCUGCAAAAAAAUAACAUCGUUUUGAACACUGACACUGAAGUUGGGAAUGUCUGCUUAUAAAACAGAGAAGAUAAUAGUUAAGAAAAACCAAUUCCUAUGUAUUUUUAUUUUUAUAUUCCUAUAAACAUAUAAAUUAGCGUAAAUAGCCAAUUUGGCCUAUGUGGUGCUUCUUUUCUUGCCUGUCAGAAUGCGCGCGCAUAUCCGAAACUUUGUAAACAUUCGCAAUUCGUCAAUUUUCUGACAAGAUGAUACACUAACAUUUAUAUUGAACAUAAAAAACCAUUGACAACCAUAGAGUCAUAUGAUUCCCAAAUCAAUGAAAAUUAAUACUUAAUAAACUUUAAUGAUAUAAACUCUAGACGGCGUAAAAAAAUAAAAAUAUAACAGUCAAAAUGUUGGCAAGGUAAGUAAGUAACUGUGAGGCUAGUCGUGUUAAAACCAAACGUUAAUUCGUUGAAAUGUUAAAAGGAUUUAUCUUUCAGAAGAUUUUAUAUUUUAUUUUUCACCAUUCUCUAUUUUUUAGCUGCAAAACACAUAAAACAUACUUUUAAAAUAAAUACCAUUAUUUUCUUUCCACCUUCGAAGUUAAAGUUAACAAAAAAACAAUAAAGCAGGUUGCAUGUAAAUUAAAACACGUUUUAGCGACUUAAUACAGAACAAAUUUAACUGUUAAAACUCCUGUAUAAACCCUUUAAGCCCUUAAUAUUCAUUUGUCGUGCAUGUAAACCCAGCUUUAUAAACCCUUUAAGUGCUUAAUACAUUUUUGUCGUGCAUGUAAACCCAGCUUUAUAAACUAUUUAAGACAUUUUAAUUGAGACUAAGAAUUGCAAACGUAUUAUUCAUACGAUGUUAAUAUAAAUUUUAUGUAUAUUCAAAAAAACAUUGCAUGUUACCUUUAAUCUGCUUUUGAAAAAAACUUUCAAUUCACAUUAGUUAGAAAUAAUUAUUAUAUACAGGCAGACUUCCACUUUCAAGUUUCUUGGCAGGAACGGAAACGGGGGAAAAAACACGUGAUUUUUUCUCUUUUCCGAAAAAGUUCAAUCAAAUUUGAGUUUUUCCCGAGAGCUUCCAGGAUGGGAAAUAGAUUUCCAAUCAGGUCCUGUCAAUUUUGCUAACUCAGCAAAACAAUAAAUUCAAGAUGGCGUCGCAGUACGAGUACGAAGCCGAUAACUUCACAGAUAAUUAGAUCUCAACCGAAGAUACCUUCGUUCAAGAAAACGAACAAUAUUUACGUGGUAUUUCUAACGGUGAUUUAAUACUCAGUCCAAUCUGGGAUGCAACUGUUGUAAAUGUAUUAAAAGAAAUCGAAAGUAAAGAUGAACGAAAAAAUUGGGAAGUUGAACUGAUCGAGGAAGUAAGAAACUAUACCUGUUUGUAGAAUUUGACGAGACAAAAAGUGCCAUAACUGUAAUAAAUACAAAGUUCAUUGGCUCAACUUUUGAAAAAAAGCCGCCAUAUUUGUUUACAUUUUUUCCCCGCCAUUUUUUUUCAAUGGAUUUAAUUAAAUUUUCCCGUUCCCGUCUGUCCUUAUCCAGUUCCUGUUCCUGUCAAAAAACUUGGAAGUGGAAGUCCGCCUUAAGUUUCAACUGACAAGGUAUGUCCGUAAGAUUAUUUCAAUAAAGUUCCUAUUGUUAAAUUUAAAUCCUUAAUUUGGCAAUGUUAUUCGCACUUUUAGAGCUACAUUUUCGAUUUUGUUUUUUUUAACUUGGUGUUAAUUCUCACUUGGAUACAUAACACGUUUGCAUUGUCGACACCAUCGAAAUUUCUCCAUCAUUAAGUCAGAUACAAGAUUCAAUGGCACUGUGGAAAAAUCUCUAGAUGGUGUGACAAAAUCUGAAUGUGUUUUAUCGUGUCUAACAUGUGAAAGUUGCUCGUUUGUGAAUUAUCAUCCAACGAAUCUUGCGUGCGAGUUAAUGAAAGCUGAAGGAAAUGAAGCAUUAGAAGUUGGAUGGCAAUUUUUGUCAACAAAUUAUGGAACGAGAAAUAGGGGACCUGUUUGUCGACCAUUCAGUCCAUGCGAACUUACAGAAGCAUGUGUUGAUACCUGCCUUGAAGACGAUCAAGUAGGAUACCAGUGCAUACCCAAUCAGUUUCAAAAAAUACCUACUUUGUCUAUGGCAGCAUUUCCGAUUCAUUCUUCAUACCCAUUAAAGAACCUGCAAGAUGGGCAUGAUAGUACGUACGCUGGAACUUUCCAUGACAGCACAAGUCACUUUAGACUUGACUUCGGUAUGGUAAAAUUCAUUUGA